CGUCUCGCGCGCACGCCCGCCUCCCGGGACGUGCACUGCACGCUGAUGUAAUCAUGCCUCCGCAAGAGUGUCCCUUCGCCGCUACUUCUCCUACACUGCCGCGACACUGCUCUUCGGUGGUGCAGCAACACGAGCAACAGCUGGACAGACGAUGGAACUACAUUAGAGACAAUAGCAUUUCACCCUCGAACAUGGCUGAAGCGAAUCGUCAAGGCGAAGAGCAGGUCUCAGGAGAGGGCCCUCACCCUCGAUCAUCAAGUUGCAGAUCCUCACGAGAGGGACCCUCUUCAUUGCAAGUCUAUGCCUCGGCCAAGGCUCAUUUGUCCGUGACGGACCUGGUGGGCCCUGCCUGGUGCGAAUAUCUGUUUCAGUACCGAAUCUUGGGCCUCGCACACCUUCCGAUCUCACAGCGGCCCGAAAAGGUUGUCACGCCCCAGGGUGCCACGCUCGUGCCAGAUAGCACAAUUGCGCAGCAACGCGAGCAGACGCUGGCCUCUGGAAAGGCGGUGCACCAAACCCUGGAGGACGAAGUGCAACCAGUGAAAGUUGAGGUUCGAACGUCGGUCCGAGAGGAUCGAUGGGCCCUGAGACUGUUGCAGAUGAUGGUAGGGCUACAAGCGCUCGUGGAACAGGGCUGUUGCCGAGAGCUACCGGUCAUGGGCAGUAUUCACGGAAAGCUGGUCCUCGGCAUCGUUGACGAGCUGUCGCUUCGAUCAUUGGCUUCGGGAAAGACGAAGAGCAACAGCUCAGUCCCGCACGACAAAGUGAGCGAGCCGGCAAAGAAGCGCUGGUCGUCGCAGGAGGAGUGGAAGCGAGAGUCUACCAGAGCAAGAAGGAAAUCUUUGACCUCCUCCCCGGCUAAGAAAAAAGCAAGAUCUGCAUCGUCGCAGACCAGUAUCGCAGGCUUCUUUGGGUCUUCGUCCGAGCUAAUCGACGGUACAGGAGAAGAGGGAGUAGGAGGUUUUAUCAAAGCGGUCGAAGGGGAGGGGGCCGAGAAAGAGGAAAGAACGCACAAGAAUGCCAUGGGAGUCUUUCUUUCCGAUGCGAAGACGAGGUCUGUGUGGAGCUUGCCGAGUCCUGGAGAUCAGAGGCACUCCAGGUUGCAGUGUAUGCUCUACAAGAGGCUGCUUGACGGUCUCUUCGCAGGCGCGUUGCUGGACCUGGACGAUGUCGAGACGAGAAACCGCCCGUGCUUUGACGCGUAUGCGACGCCCUUCACUCCGGCGAUGCUGUUUGCGAUGUUAGGCCUCAAAGAAGACGUCACCCUUUCUGAGGUGUUCCUGUCCGAUGUCCAACUUGUCAACGUCUCUCCACGAUACGAAAUACAUCGGCGACGGACCCUUGGAGACAUGGGCAAAAUGGUCACAAAAAUGCUUCUGGACAUCAUCGACUUCGCUCGUACGAAAAGUUGCGCUGGGUCAGCGGAAGAUUUCCCGAUUGUUCAAGCCGAACUUAGCCUCAUUUACCAUAAGAGAACAACGACUGGCCGAUUUCGGCGACGAGGUUCAAGUCGACGCAACAAACACAAGCGAGGGGGGGACAGAUCACCGGCUCCCCGUCGCCAGCGGGAGCGGAAGCUUGGUGUUGCUAAAAGACUCUCCAACAGCACCAGCACCGCAGAUCUCGACGAAGAAACGGACGAAGAGGCGGAGAGGGCGCUUGCAUUGCGCACAAGCUUAGACGCCUUUGGCGAAGUCGAGGAAGGAGCCGUCGAUGCAUCGAUCGAUGACGAUGUCACCUUAGUACCGGACCCCGACGAAAGCGAAUUGGGUCAGAACGAGAUUCCUUUGGCAUCGAAGAGACGACACUCUGCCUUUAGACUUCCCACGGUGAAGGGUGGGCGCAAGGAAAGAGAUGGCAGGGAGAACGAGAAGGAAGCAAUCAUUGGAGUGGCACGCUUUCGACACGAGCCUCAAGAGCUGGAGACGCACCUGACAGACAUUCUGUCGAUGUGGGCGGGAGAGAGACCGCUCAAGGGCGUCGAGCUCCAGGACACCAAGAGAUGCCACUACUGCGAGUUCCUCGACGGAUGCGAGUGGAGACUGAUCAAGGGUCAAGAAAGUCUGAGAAACUUCCACGAAGACAUUAAGGAUCGUGAGACCUCCUCUGCUGCAGUUGAGUUACAAUACGGACAGGAAAUAGGCGGCAGAGAGACUCAGGAGGACAGCGAAGACGAAUUCUGGAGCCAGAUACCAGAUAUUCCAGAAGACCUCGACUGGUAAGAGAAAGCCCUAGGGAGGGGCGGAAGAUGUUAUAGUACCUUUUCAA